AUGGCAACUUCGGGCAAUCUAUUGACAGUUGUUCUACUUGUUUCUUUUUCAUUCAAUGCAUUUGGGGUCGAAAGGGAGUGUGAUUGUUCAGUGCCCGUUGAGCGAGACAGCUUUCCCAAGGGAUUUGUAUUCGGGGCGGGAACAUCUUCCUAUCAAAUUGAAGGUGCUUAUAAUGAAGAUGGUAAAGGAUUAAGUAUCUGGGAUAAUUAUACUCACACACAUCCUGAAAGGAUUGCGAACGAAUCCAAUGGAGAUGUGGCCGUUGAUUCUUAUCAUCGCUACAAGGAAGAUGUGUGCAUGGCCAAACAACUAGGCCUAGAUGCUUAUAAAUUCCAAAUCUCCUGGUCCAGAAUCUUACCAAAUGGAAAAACAGUGAACCCUAAGGCUAUCGUCUUCUAUAACAACCUCAUAAAUGAGCUCACAGCCCAAGGAGAUUCUGCUAGGGAACCCUAUGUGGUGGGACACCAUCUUCUUCUUGCCGAUCUUGCUGUAGUAGAAUCUUACAGGAAGUAUUUUCAGCCAUAUCAAAAGGGUAAAAUUGGAAUACAACUUUGCAUGGAAUGGCCUAUUCCUUACACGAAUACGGAAGAAGAUCAAGCUGCACAACGACGAGCACUAGAUGCACAGCUAGGAUGGUACAUGGACCCAUUGGUAUUCGGGAGGUAUCCAAAAACAAUGCGAAGAAAUGUAGGAAACAGAUUGCCCAAUUUUACAGCUAGUGAAUCCAAAAGGCUAAUUGGGUCAUUUGACUUUAUUGGAUUAAACUACUACCUUUCUCAGUAUGUUCUUGAUGAUCCUACUCCGAUUCAAAAUGUAAGCUGUGAAACGGAUGCGCAUGUAAAAUUUACAGAUUCCCGAGAUAAUGUUUCCUUGUGCAAUCCUGGUAGCUUUUCUUGGAUUUGCAACCAUCCACCAGGGAUUCGCGAAUCUUUGAUCUAUCUCCAUGGUAACUGCAGUGUUCCACUCAUCUACAUUACAGAAAAUG